GCUUUAAGAGGCUGCUCCGCAGCAGCAAGCGGGGCCCGAGCCGCAGCCUGAGCCAGCGGAACUGAGCCCAGCCGGCAGGUGCGCGACUGCAGGGACGGCAGCGGCAUGACCGGCCACCACGGCUGGGGCUACGGCCAGAACGACGGCCCCUCGCAGUGGCACAAGCUGUAUCCCAUUGCCCAGGGAGAUCGCCAAUCACCAAUCAAUAUCAUAUCCAGACAGGCUGUGUAUUCACCCAGCCUGAAGCCACUGGAGCUUUCCUAUGAGGCCUGCACAUCCCUCAGUAUUGCCAACAAUGGCCACUCUGUCCAGGUGGACUUCAAUGAUAGCGAUGAUCGAUCUGUGGUGACUGGGGGCCCCCUGGAUGGGCCCUACCGGCUCAAGCAGUUCCAUUUCCAUUGGGGCAAGAUGCACAACGUGGGCUCAGAGCACAUGGUAGACGGCAAAUCAUUCCCCUGCGAGCUGCACCUGGUUCAUUGGAACGCCAAGAAGUACAGCACCUUUGGGGAGGCGGCCUCAGCACCCGAUGGCCUGGCUGUGGUCGGUGUCUUCUUGGAGAUUGGGGCUGAACACCCCAGCAUGAACCGUCUGACAGACGCGCUCUACAUGGUUCGGUUUAAGGGCACCAGGGCCCAGUUCAGCUGCUUCCAAGUCAAGUGCCUCCUGCCUGCCAGCCGGCACUACUGGACCUACCCAGGGUCCCUGACAACGCCCCCACUGAACGAGAGCGUCACCUGGAUUGUGCUCCGAGAGCCCAUCAGCAUCUCUGAAAGGCAGAUGGAGAAGUUUCGGAGCCUGUUUUCCACCUCAGAGGAUGAUGAGAGGAUCCACAUGGUCAACAACUUCCGGCCACCACAGCCACUGAUGGGCCGUUUGGUCAAGGCCUCCUUCCGGGCCUGAGCUGCCCCACUGUCCAGCUGGCCACUAGGACACCAUCUUCCCAAGGGCUUCCACGUCAGCAGACACCAAACCAUCUGAGGCUUCCCGCCUGGGGGUGCUGUGGGCAUCCCCCUUCUGGCUUGCUUCUUAGCCACCCUACAGGCUUCUUGAUGGAAUUCCCAAGUCAGGGGACACCCCUCAGCUGCCCUGGGGACAGGAAGGACAGGAGCUGAGCAUGCUCCAAGCCUAGGGCUGCCUCUGCUCUCCAAGAUCCAAAGGUCCCCGGGAAUGUCCUCUUGUGUUCUUCCCCACUGGCGGUGGCAGCAGCCCCACCCUGAGCUCACACUGUGAUGGACGAGACCGAGCUCUCUGGGGCAGGAAGCUGACAUUGCCACAAAGACUGAAGCAAUAAUUAGAGAUGGGCAGAGCUGCCCUCUCGGCAUUACCUCUUCUGCAGGCCUCCGCCAUGCACGCACCUCACUGCCAGGCCAUUAAAAAAAAGCCUGCUGGAGGUGACAAGGCCUUCUCCCUCCAGCCACCUGCUGCCAUGGGCAGGCACUGGCUACAGCUUAUGUAGUAUCUCCCCUCGUCCCCACCCAGCCACCAAAGCUACCUACAUGACAAUCCAUCCAUGCAAUGAUUAAUAAAUUCAUUCAUCCAUGCAACAAA